CACCUCAAAACUCCAAUGCUAACGUGUUCUUUAAUCUUAUUAUCUACACAUAAAAUAAUUGAUAGACUAUAGAAAUGAAAACCAGUUUAAUCAUAUUUUAAUUUCUAGUCUGAAAACCAAUAAUAGUUACAAAGCUAUAACUCUAUGCAAACCAUGGUUAAGCUCAUAGGAACUUUUAUCACCUAAUCUUUGCUCUAUGGUUAAGGCAUAAAAAGACUAGAGAUUUUCUUUGGCAUCUUUCUGCUAGAGAUUUUCUAAGGUGUUAAACACUAGAAAACCAAUUUCUUUUAUUUCUGCUAAGUAGUGAAGAUUGAAGAAGACAAUUAUUACCAUGGGAACAAACAACAAGAAGCUUGGAGGAUCUGAGGAAAUGGUAGAAGAUGAAGUUAAGGCCACUCAUAAACUUCCUGUUGGACCUAUGCACAAAUUGAUAGCAGAGAAUACCAAGUCAAACAGUUUAGUCAUGAAGAAACCGAAUUUGGUGAUUCCGGCUCAUAUCAUAGCGGAAGCAAUAUCAACUAUCCGCGACAUCGACCUAAGAUGGUCAGGUCCAAUCACGCAGAAAGAAAUGGAAUAUGUAGAACAAUAUGUCAUAGCGAAGUAUCCGGAAUAUGCGAAUCUCAUUGAAGGAGAUGGAAGUGGAAUAGACAUGUCAAGUUUCAUCAUCAAUGAGGAGCCUUCAGAAUUACCAAUGUCAGAUGCUCUAAGAAAAUCACCACGGUCGCCUUCAUUCGGAAGCAACCUACCUGAAAUGGAUAGAACGCAGCUGGAACCAUCAAGACUACUUGAUGUUAUCAACAAGAAAUCCUCCUUUCCGGGAAGUUUCAUCUCGAUCCCGGAAAUUCAAGCUCAAAAUAAAGUUUUGAAGCAUUGCGGUUUACCAGACGACGAAUACUUGGUUCUUUUUACUCCGAGUUACAAAGAUGCUAUGAUGUUGGUUGGAGAAAGUUACCCUUUUGUUAAGGGAAACUACUACAUGACUAUUCUUGGUGAAGAACAAGAGGAUUAUAUAAAAGAGUUUGCUUCUUUUAAGGAGUCUAGGGUUCUUAUAGCGCCAAAGACAUGGCUUGAUUUGAGGAUUAGAGGCUCUCAGUUAAGUCAAAAUUUUAGGAGGAAAUGUAAGAUUAGUCCAAAAGGGCUAUUUGCUUAUGUAGCAGAUGUGAAUGGGACAAUGCAUUGGGUUUCUGAGGCUCAUAGGAACUAUUGGCAUGUUUUGCUUGAUGCAUCUGAAAUGGUUGUGGGAAAAGAUAGGUUACAUGUUGGACUUCAUAGGCCUGAUUUCUUAGUAUGUUCUCUUGAUAACACAAAUUCCAGUCCUGCAAAAAUCACUUGUCUUUUGGUUAGAAAGAAAAGUUUUGACACCUCCAAUACUUCAUCUUAGGCUCAAUGUUGAAUGAGGAUAGUACUUGUUUCAGAUUGUUGGACAAUAUUUGAACUACAUAGUAAUUGGUGAUGUUUAAUUGGUAUCAUGAACUCUACACACAAAAAGAAAGAGAAACUGUGGGAUUUUCCUUGUGUAAUUUGUUGUAGAUUGAGUAAAAUGUUUUUGACAUAAAUAUAUAUAGAGAUAAAACACUAAUUAUUGGCUUGGAUGCAUGUAUUAGUCUCACUGGUCAUUUGGUUGGUUUUUUAUCUUGUUAUUGAUUGUAUAUGAUUUUGAUUUGCUUUUUGUGGCUAAACCAAUUCUCCAUAACAAUUCAUCAUCUAAGUUUUAUAUUAACAUGAUCUUAAUUAUGAAAGUACAUAAUGAAUAGUAGCUCCUUGG